GCUUUACCAUAUUGCGAACGAGGAUCGUUCGCACUGAUCUUUAAUACAUGUACUUGCUCCUGACGUCAAUCUCGUGGAGGUCCAGUGGCUCGCACUCCUUAGAGUGCUUCGAGUUGACGCUUUGUUAUCCUAGUCCGGACCAACGUUCGAGUGUCGGUGUCCCGCGAUUCCUCCUUGGCGUGUACGUGAGACCAGAAGCAACCCACAAGGCUUCUUCCCAAUACCCAUGACAGCGCUUCCCUAGUCCCCUUCCCUAGCCACCUUCCCGCGUGAUCCUCUUGCAGCCAACGCCAAUGGAACAGCUGGUGUCGCGAUUGCUAAUGGUAUGACACCCACGGUGCUUCUCGAUAUCAAGGUUUGCUCGAGGCACUCUGAUAGAGGGUGUGAGGUGCAGGCGUGGAUCGUCCUUCACUCUUGGGGCAAGGCUAGGUCAGUGACUAGACUAUGUCAGUCGACAGCGUGCAAGCACUUGGGCGGUCGACCGGAGUGAAGGAGAUCGAGCUAGAGAAGGAGGAGACCGAGUUGGUUUUGGAGGCAGGGAGCAGGACAGCCGAGGAUGGGUUGGCCCCUGGCGGUAAGGCCGGGCUGCUGCAGAAGGUUACCAGGAAGAUGAAGCGAUGGGGGCUUGAGACGAAUGGGAUCCAGCCGGUGCCGCCGGAACAGAGAACAGACCGACGACUCUACCAGAUGUUCUUCGUCUGGUUCUCGGCAAACCUGAAUAUCCUGACGAUGACCACUGGCACUGCGGGACCCGCAUAUUACGGUUUGGGAAUCCGGGAUUCACUGCUCGUUAUUCUGGUCGUUGAUGUAGUCGUGUGUGCGAUCCCAGCAUUCUUUGCUGUCUUUGGCCCAAAGCUCGGCACCCGUGGGAUGGUCGCUGCCCGGUUCUCGUGGGGGUACUACGGCGCACUGAUCCCGAGCAUCCUCGUCGUCGUGGAUAUCCAGGGAUACCUCGUCCUCAACACAAUCGUCGGCGGCCAGACUCUAGGCGCGAUCUCCACACAUUUGAAUGCAUCGCUCGGGAUCGUGAUCAUUGGUAUCGUCACUUUGAUGGUCGUCUUUAGCGGCUAUAAGGUGCUGCAUUGGUACGAGAUGUUUGUCUGGUUCCCGAACGUCGUCGCGUUCGUCGUGAUGCUUGGUGUCAGCGGGAAGCACCUCAUCGCCGCGCCGCUGUCUGGGCCGUCUCCCCCGACUGCCUCACAGAUCAUGACGUUCGGCGCAACUGUUGCUGCGAGCGUUGCGAACUGGUCUCCACUAAUGGCUGAUCAGGGCGUAUAUCAUGAUUGUAAUGCGUCUGCAUGGAGGGUGUUCAUGUACUCAUAUCUCGGCCUCCUCCUAUCUUCUAUGCCAGUACAGAUGCUCGGAGCCGUUUGGACAGCCGGAGCCGACUUCGUGCCCGCCUGGAAAGCAGGCCUAGGGAAUGGGAACGACAUUGGCGGCCUCCUGGGUGCUGUGCUCCUCCCCAUGGGCGGGUUCGGCAAGUUCCUGCUCGUACUACUCUCGUUGACGACCCCGAGCCAGUGCGCACCUGCCAUGUACGCUAUGCUGAACAGCUUCAUGGCGCUGGCCCCAGUGCUUGCAAGGAUCCCAAGGCCGUUACUCGCUAUUGUGUCUACUGCGAUAAUGAUCUCGGUGGGCAUUGUGGGGUCAAGCCGCUUCUAUUCGAUAUUCUCGGAUAUUCUAGCCUUCGUCGGCUACUGGCUCGCGCCCUUCUGCUCGAUCGUGCUCACCGAACAUUUCGUCUUCCGUAAGAGCAGAUAUUCAUCGUACGACGUCCUCGAGGCAUGGAACAAACCCGACCAUCCGAAUCUGCCUCGCAGCUAUGCCUCGUCGUUCACUUUUGCUGCAACGGUCGGGUUCAUCGUGCUCUGCAUGCAGAAGCAGUGGUGGACGGGACCCAUCGCACGCACAGGAACCGGCGACGUGGGAAUGCUACUCGGCUUCUUGUUCGGCGUGUUGGUGUACACGUGCACGAGGUGGGCAGAGAAGACGUGGGAGGCACGAGCAAGGGCAAGGAGCCCGAGAUGAACGCAAGCGGAUUGGACACGGCAUAUGUUCUCGCACUUCCAUUCAUAUGAGACGCAGCUCCUGACGGAGCUAGACUGAGAGUAUGGAUCUGCGCAUCUGCGGGUCUCGCACGUUCACAGUU